AUGCUAAUUUAAUUGGACAAUAACACUGAUGACGAAGUUGAAACUUACUUGAGAGGUGUGCAAUACGUAAAUAUAGGCAAGAAUUUCGAGCAUUGUUUCAAUCCAAGUAUAAUCAGAUAGUCCUAUUAUAAGCUUUUGGCUGAGUUUGAAUCUGAUUUAAAUAAGCAUGCUGAUUAUUACUUGUUUGAAACAUCCCCAUAUGCUCAUUAUUGGAAUAUCAUAAAGCCGGAUAGUUAGGUCUAAAACAUAAUAAGUUCAGAAUCUCCUUUUACUUAUAUUAAGAAUGAUGCUUUCAACUAUGGCUAGUAAAUGAUGGAUUUUUACAAGCACAAAGAAUAUUAUCCUUGCAAAAUUCAGAAGUACAUAAAAGCUCCAUUCAUACUUAAAGAAGGUAAAAGGACAAAGUAUCAUGUAAUCUUUAAGACCUAUUUACUUAUUGAAAGUAUCCAGCCUUUACAAGCUUAUCUGACUAACAAAGUUCUUGUUAAUCUUAGAUUCGAUCCGUUUUUUGUCCCUUCAUAAUAUAUGAGCUAGUUUCACAAUCGAAAAGAAUAGCUCUUAUCUUAACUUCUUAUGAUGCCAUAUUCAUUCGUUAAAACAAAAGAAAAUAUAACAUUAGAAGAAUUCAAGAUAAGACUUGCAAACCAAGGAUUUGAAUUUGACGAUAAGAAAUUUUGGUAACAGGUUUCAGAGUAGUGUAUCUUAAUACUUCUUUCGACAUUUCCCAACAUGCAAUGGAUCAAAGAUAAAUCAUAUCAGCUACUUGAAGUGAAAUUUACAAUGGAUGAGGAGCAAAAUGUCUGGCUUUGCAGCAUCAAUAACUAAGUAAAGUUCAGUGAAAACUACUCAAUAUACAUUAAUGCCUAUAAGAAAUCAAUCAUUCAUGACUUGCUUUAAAAUAUGGAGUCUUAAAUCAAAAUAAAAGUUGAAAAUGAAAUGAAAUUUUAGCACAAAAAGAAGUUAACAGCUGGAGAAUUGAAACAGAAACUUAAAAAUGACUAAUAAUAAAAUGAAUUGGCAUUUAAGAUUCAAAAGUCAAAGGAGAUUCAAAGAUAACUAUUCAAAAAGAUUGAUAUUGAAAGAGCAAAAAUUAAAUCUGCUUAGAAAUAGGUUAUUUCAUUCAAAGAAAUCAACUAAUGCCUGACCUCAAGACAAAAUCCAUAAAUCCCACUUUACUUCUAGCAUAAAAAGGGGCAUAAUGAGCAAAUGGCAAAGACAAUUUAAAAAAUUAUCAGACUUGAUGAUCAUAGAAUCAAUAGAAAUAAUCUAGUCAAGCCUCCAGUAGCUGAUCACCACAAUAUAUUGCAAUUGAAUUAAUAGAUUGAAAAACUCAAGGAACUUCAAAGUGAGGCAAAGCCUUAGCAUAUUUAAAUUGUUGAAUCUUUACUUUUCAGUAUUUCUCACUGUUACAAUAUUGACGCAUUGAAAAAUAAGCAUCCUAUCUUUGUAAAAAUAAAUGAUGAUGAUUGGGUAUCAAGAUGGCUAAUGAAAUUACUCUACUAUGGAGGAGAGUAAAAACAAAGGAAAAAGCAAAAGAGGCAGAAUAAAUUUAAGAGAUUUUUAGUUUAUUGCUUUCGAAGAAUGAAAAGGAAGGAAAAUAUCCAAGAAAAAUAGGAAGAAGAAAAAUAAAUGGAUCCUUAAGAGAAAGCCUUAGAAGCUAUAAAUCUUUACAAACGACGGAAGCAUGAGAAAAUUUUAUCUGAUGAAGCUUUGUCUUACCAAAGAAUUCCAACAUCGUAGCUUAGUGAAUACUUUGAUGAUGAUUAUGAUGUUAAAGUCCCUCAAAAGGAAAAAUGGAUUAAAGAUUUAAAUGGAAACAAAGCGAAAAAUGACUCUAGUGAAGAUUAAGAUGACAGUGAAUUCAGCUUUUCUGAAAUGGAGGAUUAAGACAGAAAAUAAAUGCAAAAUGCUAUAGAAUAUGCAUAGCUUGCUUAGAAAUUAGGCAUUAUUAAAGAAAGAGGAAAACUUAAAUCAGUAUUGCCUAAAGAUGAAAAUAAGAGAAAAACAACUAGAUUAUUCUUUGGACUUACAUAUAGUUCUUCUUCAGAUGAUGGAAAAGAUGACAAGUUAUUAGAAAAAGCGAAAAGUCUAGUUAAAUUAGAAGAGCUCAAAGGGAGCUUACAAUCUGUGAUGUCCUAAUACAAGAUAAGUUCAAAUAAGAUAACGUAUAAUUUGACUGAGAAUGAAAAGGAUUUAAAAUUAAGAUAAAUGCAAAGAUCUCAAAGUUAAUUCCAACUUCCUAGGCGAUAAAGAGAUUUAAACUUUAAAGAAUACCUUGAGAACUAGAAUGAAAUUUAGAUAAACAAGGACAUCUAAACUAGGUUUCCCUAGUGGAAUGAAAUUAAGGACUAAGAUUUACUACCAAAGAUGCCUUCAGUUAAGUUGUAAUAAGUUACUCCUAGAUAGGCUACUGCAAUAUAGAGUGACUAUUUAACUGAGAGAAGAAUGCUCAAGCAAUAUAAUGAAGAAAUCAGAAACACAGAGCUUGAGAUUCAGAUGAAUCAAAAGAAUUAAAAGAAAAACUAAAUUUCUCAAUCAGAGGCAAAAAAGCAAUUGAUUUAUUCUAAGCUAAAACAAACAGUUCAGAAAAUUAUUCAAUAAAAAAGAAGACCAUAAAAACUAAAUUACUUCAGGACAAAUCAGUAACUACUAUACCAAAGCCUACCUUAAACUGGAAGGUCUACUGUAACAUCUGAAAUGCUUCUGGGAAAAGUAGAUCAAAGGUAACUUGAGCACCUAAAUACUGUUAAUCUUGAUAGUGCUGGAUAAAAUCAAGAUUAGUUUGAAUUUCAGAAAUACAAUCAUUUCAUCAGACUUUUGCCCUUUAAUCCAGAAAGUAAACACGUUUUGAAGGAUAUCGAUUAAUUGACAAUUAAGUUUAAUUAUUUUGAACUUGUACUGAUAACCAAGAGAAUAUUUAAACUAACUGAACAGUUUGAUUUUUAUGAAGCCAUAAGUAAACUUAGACAGCCCACCGCUCCAGAUCCAAGUACAGCUAAAACGACUGAUUAAAGGACAUCUAGACAGUUUCCAUCUCCAAAUUCUCCAACUACCUAGCCAAAUUUCGCAUAAAAUUAAUCUUGA